UGCCUGUCAACCCCGAAGCUGGCUGGGACCUGAGUGCUCUCUGAUGAGCCUGGUGCCCACUCCUGGAGCACGGACAGGACCUGACAGAGCUGGGUGGCUCACGAACUGCUGUGGGAAGAAGGGGAGGACGGUGUCCAGCUUUCACACAGCGCUAUCUAACAGUGCUCAGAGAUGAAUGUGUGUAGGCUACGCUUAACAGUGCCACCUGAAGAAGUGUCACAGCCUGAACAGGGACCAAAGGAAACUGAGAGAAAGAAAAGUGAUCUCUACCAUGUACCAAAUGGGAUCUCUCCAGGGAAGCUCUCUCAUGGGAUGGUGUAUGGUGUUGUACACCGAACUGACAACAACCAUAAGAGAGAAAUGGUGGUUUAUGGCUGGUCAGCUGAUCAGCUGAAAGAGGAGAUGAAUUACAUUAAAGAAGUGAGAGCAACUCUGGAAAAAGUAAGAAGGAAAAUGUAUGGUGAAUAUGAUGAAAUGAAACGAAAAAUACAACAGCUUACAAAUGAACUGAAAGUGACAAAUGCUCAUCAGGAAUCCUUAGAGAAUCAUGUGCGAGUGCAGGCUGCAGCCUUAGAUAGCUUUAGUGAAAUGAACAGCUCCUUGACAUCAGCAUCAAUAGACUUGCAGAAAACUCUAGUGGAUGUUACAUUGGAGAACACUGAUAUAAGGGAACAAAUAAGGAAUUUAAAACAUACACAUGAGCAAUCUAUGGAAAAGCUGAGAGAGAAGCAAAAGCAACUGGAAACGGCACAAAUUGAGAAUCAGUUACUGAAGUUAAAGGUGGAAUCAUCGCAGGAAGCCAAUGCUGAAGUCAUGAGAGAGAUGACCAGAAAGCUGUACAGUCAGUUUGAGGAAAAAAUGCGAGAAGAGGAACAGAAACACAAGGCUGAGAAAGAAAUGCUCCUGGAGGAAACAAAUCGGCUUCUGAAGGCUAUUGAAGAGGCAAAUAAGAAGAUGCAGAUCACAGAAACAAGCAUCCAGGAGAAAGACCAGAGAAUUGGUGAGCUGGACCGGCUGAUUGAACGCAUGGAAGAGGAACGUCGCCAGCUGCAAAAACAACUUGAAUUAAAUGAACUACAAAUAUCUGGAGCAAAAUCUGAAAACAGCUCUGACAGUGAAAGGUCACAGCAUUUGGAGGAGGUAGCAGCCAGCCUGAGAGAGAGGAUCAAGCAUCUGGAUGACAUGGUCCACUGCCAGCAGAAGAAAGUUAAGCAUAUGGUUGAGGAGAUUGAAAUGCUAAGGAAGAAAGUAAAAGAAAAGGAAUUAUUUAUAAUACAGCUUUUAGACAAAAUCUCUUUCUUAGAAUGUGAGAAUAAAGAAUUACAAGAUAAACUGGACUACUUAAUGGAAAACCAACCAAAGACCAAUAUAGAAACCAGAGAUACUGGUGUAGAAUGUGAUCUUCCAUACAGCACAAGCACUGAGAACAGACCUCCUGAGAGCCCGAGGCCGGUGAGGACGUACACCCCGUUCAAGAGAGUGCUGGAAUUCAGCACAAAGAGCAGCACAUCCUGAGCAUUCCACUCAUCCAGCUUUCUAAACACGAACAGAUAUCUUGCGCCUUUGCAGCUUGGUUAGAUAAAGUUUUAUCAAUUCAUAGAGAAGAGCAGCAGCAUGGAGUCUUGCUAAAUUUAUCCUGAAAGCAGCUCUUUAGUAACUUUACACCUGAAGUUACUACUGAUGUUACCUGCGAGGGGACAGGGAAGCAGCAGGCUGAGUGAAGCAGCAGUCAGGCAAUACUGCUGCUUUAGAAGCUGCCUAGUGCAAUGUGUCAUUUCAAAUGCCUGUAAGAAGGACUUGUAUAGCUGUACAGUUGGAUUUUUUCUUCAGUUGUGUUGUAAUUCUGUUUGUGAAAUGAAACUCUAAUAUAGUCUGUUGUCAAUACUAAUGGAGCAGUACCUGAAGCUGUGCUGGCAGAGGGAAUUAGUGUGGAAGCUCCAAAUCUGCCCAAACAGAGACCUGGUGCUGUUGAGGGCACUCUUCACCUGGGAGCUUUUGUACUCAGCACUCUGUCUGGGAGGGAGAGAGGACUGGGCUGUUUAAAACAAUUCCCUCAACACAUGGCAGAUGAAUAUUCGUGUUUGCUGCUCAAAACAGUAAGGGAUAGAGCAGAUUAUAAUGGAAUUUGCUUUGUUGGACUGAGGCACUGGUUUGCACUUCCUCAGUCAUGGGACAGAGUCACCAUGGGUGACACAUUCAGUAAUAAUUGUGUAGGAAAAUCCCUGAUGCUUUAUUUAUUUAUACUUUUCAAUUUGAGGAAGGAGUUUUCAUUAAACAAAAUUUUGCCUCCUGCAACCUGCAGCAGUCCUUGCAAUUCCAACAGCAAUAGCAAUCCUGAAUCAGGAUUUGGGGUUUUGAAUACUAUUUGUUUUGUCCAAAGCACUUAGAAUCUUUGGCUUCAAAGUAGCAGCAGGAAUGACUGCAUCUAGUACUGAAGUAACUUAAAUAAUAUAUAUAUAGGGUAUUAUUUACAUCUUGUUUUGAUCUUCUACUCUUAGUGAAUUUAAAAUUAAUUAGGAAUAUUUUAUUUUAAUUCUGUUAACAUGAAUGAAGG